GCCAGGAGGCGGCGGCAAAACGCUGGAAAUCCAAGCUGGAGUCCAUGCUGCCGGCCGACUGCGCGCGCCGGCUUGUGGCCGAGCUGCAGGGUGCCCUUGACGCCUGCGCAGAGCGACAGCGGCAGCUAGAUCGGAGCCUGAGCAUCUCCCGAAGGCUGCUGCGGGCCUGGGAACCAGCCAGGUCUCAGGCUCCGGAGUCACCUCCAAGGCCAGAAAAUAAGGAAGAGGACCUGACUUCAGCAUACACACCAAGCACCCAGGACCUCAAAGAGCUGGAGCUUUUAACCCAGGCACUGGAGAAGGCAGUACGGGUGCGGAAAGGCAUCUCUAAGGCUGGAGAAAAAGACAGAACUCUGCGCCUGAAAUCUGGACCGAUUUCUGCCUCUCCUGACACCACUGCAUCAGCACCACCCCAGGCCUUGAGUGGGGCUGGCAGCCGUGCCUCUGGAGCAAAAGCUACCAAGGGCAUCCACCAGCCUAGGAAGCCUGCCAAGGACCACCCUGAACGUAGGCUUCUGUCAAUGGGAGAUAAUUCCCAUGUGGCAAUAGAAGCCAGGGCCACUAGCUGUGGACCAGGCCUCAGACAUGAACAGAUGGCCCAAUCAGCUGCUCCUCAGGCAGCAGAAACUUUCACACUCAAGGAGAAGGGGACCCUGCUGCAGCUGCCUGCGAACUUUAGGAAGGUGGUUUCCCAGAACUCCCGCCUAUGGGCCCAGCUCAACUCUACACAAACCAGCAACUCCACAGAUGCCACCAGCACUGCCAAAGCCCAGUUUCUGCAGAAACUGCAGGCAACUUCAGGCUGGCCUGGCCCCAGGCUCAGUGCUGUGGAAAUAGAGCUGGAGGCUCAGCGCUUGCGGAAGGCCUGUGUGAUGGUGAGACUACGCCUGCAGGAGGAGCUCUCCUCAGCCCCUGCUGACUGGAUGCAGGAGUACCGCUGUCUGCUCACUCUGGAGGGGCUGCAAGCCAUCGUUGGGCAGUAUCUUCAGAGGCUGCAGGUGCUGCGUACAGCUGUGAGGGAACAGCUGCCAGUACCAUGUCUUGUGGAGAGGCUCCCCCAGGCUUCAUCACCCUGUGGAGGUGGAGUAGACCCUGCCUGGAGCCCCCAGCUCCUCCUUUACUCCAGUACCCAGGAGCUGCAGACCCUGGCAACCUUGAAGCUGCGGGUGGCCAUGCUGGAGCAGCAGGUUCACCUGGAAAAGGUCCUAAUGGCUGAGCUCCUUCCCCUGGUGAACACUCAGGAGCCACAAGGGCCAUCUUGGCUGGCGAUGUGCCGAGCUGUACAUAGCCUGCUCUGCGAGGGAGGCGAGUGCUUCCUCACCAUCCUGCAAGAUGACCCUGCUUACUGACUCAAUCGCUGGGCCAUCUGGAGCCCCCCAAGGCCUCAGGACCCUUGAGCAGGCAGGCCUCUUAGGGAGUCUCCUUCUCCUGAAGGGGUGAAAUGAACAGGGAUUGAAGAUAAUUUUCCUGGUUUGGUGGAUCUGGGGGACCAGAGAUACCUAUGCCUUGUCAGGAAAUCAGAUGUUGCCAGGGGCCUGGUAGAGCCUUUCUUAGCUAGCUCUUUUCUCUUGCUGUAGCUCUAAGCAUCUCCUAUGUGAUAUUAAACCUACUUUAGGAAGUUCAUAUACUUAAUACAAGGCGAGACUUAC